UGGAACUAAUUAACUUUACUGUUUUCUUUCGAAAACCCAGUCCGCCGACAUAUCAUUUUGGCGACAAGGAUGGGAUGCCACGAGUAUUCGCGCUAAAGUCUGUGAAGAAACGUGUCACUUUGCCCGGUACGUAAGCGCGACACGCCAGCCGAAAAAAGUUAACAUGGCGUCCUUCGGAAAUAUUGAACGUUUCAACGUUAACGAUUCGAAAAGCUGGGACUCUUACAAGGAACGCCUCGACUUUUACUUGACCGCUAACGACAUAACGGACGCGGGAAAGAAAAAGGCCGUAUUUCUGAGCAUCUGCGGACCGGCGACCUACGACAUAAUUCGAUCGCUCAUAGCACCAAUGAAGGUAACGGAAAAGACCUACGAGGAAAUAAUCACGUAAACGCACGCGAAAAGGUAAACAAAGACCCCUCGAAGCUGAAAACAAGCGUUUCCCGAGUUUCCAAAAGGUGUUUUCGCUGCGAAGAAAAGCACUCACCAGACUCGUGUGUUUACAAAAACGCAAAGUUGCAAAUUUUGCGGCAAAAUAGGACACGUAGAACAUGCAUGUUUCUCAAAGAAAAAACAUUCAAAACAAAAACCAAAAGUGAACCAACAAUCUAGUGAAAGCAAUUUCAAAAACGUGCCACAAAAUGAGCACAGUUCGGAAGACCAGGUGUACCAUUUUUCGCUUAACAAUGUGAAAUCGGACAGCAUCACUGGUAAAUAUCUGGUAGACGUCCUCCUGAAUAAGAAACCGAUAAGAAUGGAAAUCGAUUCGGGCGCUGGAUAUUCCAUAAUAUUCAAAUCAACCUUUCAAAAACUUUUCAUGGACAAUCCUCCAAAAGUGAAACCAUGUAACUUAAUUCUACUAGAUUACCAAAACCAGCUAAUUUCGACAAUUGGCGAGUGUUACGUGAACGUACAACGAGGACAAAAAAGUGCUACCCUUCCAGUUAUUGUUACUGAAGGCAACCGAGCAAGCCUGCUUGGAAGAAACUGGUUUGGAAGGCUAGGUUUAACUAUUAGAGGAAUAAAUCAGAUAAAUCAGACCUUGUCAAGGAAUACCUGGAAGUAUUGGAGUCAACUCUAGGGAAAUUCAAAGGGCCUCCCGUAAGUUUUUCCUCAUAUCCGAACAUCAAGCCUAUCGUUCUCAAAGUCCGAAAGAUACCGUUCGCUUUAAAGGACAAGAUUGAUCGUGAAUUGGAUAGACUUGUCGAUCAAGGUGUGCUGGAGCCAGUGACUCAUCCAAAACGGGCCACUCCCAUUGUUGUUGUCGCCCAGGACAAUGGUGACGGAAGUACCAUAAACUAGGCGUUGCGUACAGACCCCUAUCCAGUUCCGUCUGUUCAAAAUAUAUUAGCAGCUCUAGCAGGUGGUAAAAUAUUCGCAAAACUAGACAUGGCUCAAGCUUACCUGCAGUUGAGUGUAGAUCAAGAAGCUGCAGACGCACAGACCAUUAUCACACACAAAGGACCUUUUAGGAGCAAACGCUUACAAUUUGGUGUCUCCGUGGCACCCCAAAUUUUCCAACGUUUCAUGGACAUGAGACUCACCGGAAUCCCAGGAGUUCUUCCAUAUUACGACGACAUUCUCAUAGUUGGACAUUCCGAAACAGAUUUGGACCGUAAAGUGCGUGAAGUACUUACCCGUUUUCGAGAAGAUGGACUUAAUCUACGCCGUGAUAAAUGCAUUUUUCACACGAAAUCUAUAGAAUUUUUAGGUUUUAGUAUUAGUGCAGAGGGAAUUCGACCGACCAAAGAGAAGGUGAAAGCAAUUGUUAACGCGCCUGCGCCAACCAACAAAACGGAAUUGCAAGCUUUCCUCGGUUUGAUAAAUUUCUACCACGUUUUUCUUGAAGACAAAGCAACGAUUGCUAAUCCAUUGCAUGAUCUGCUACAUAAAGAGCCCAUACUAGGACAUUAAACAGCUCUUCCUUACUUGCGAUGCUAGUUCAUUUGGGGUUGGAUAUGUCUUCAGUCAACCUGACGACUCCGGUAGAGAGGUCCCAGUGGCGUACCACAGUCGCACAUUAUCCUCAACAGAAAGGAAUUUCUCACAACUGGACAAAGAAGCUCUCGCUAUCAUUGUAGGAGUUAAGAAGUUCCACGAUUACCUAUAUGGACGAAAAUUCUGCAUCCGAACGUAGGUUUUUUAGCCCGAGGAAGGGAAUCCCAGAAAUCCUUUCACUGAGAUUGUUAAGAUGGACUCUGAUGCUCACAGAGUAUGACUACAAUUUACACCAGGUUCCAGGCUGAAGAAUUGGCAACGCCGACGCGCUUAGUCGUUUACCCCAGAAAUUAAACACUCCAGAACCACCCAACGCACCCGAUGUCUUGAUGUUUGAGAACAUCCCGGAAAGAGUGGUCGCCAGUGAAACAGCCAAGGAUCCAAUUCUAUCCAAAGUUUUACAAUGGGUAUGGAAAGGUUGGCCGAUGGAAAGAUCUAAAUUCCCUGACGAAUUUCAGCCUUUCUUUCAACCACAGAACGAAAUAAGUUGUUACCAAAAUUGUUUGCUUUGGGGAACCAGGGUCAUAACACCUCCAGGAGGGAGGAAAAGUGUGAUCGAUCUUCUUCAUUCUGGACACCCAGGCAUGGUAAAAAUGAAGGCUUUUGCUCGCUCAUACGUUUGGUGGCCAAACCUUGACUGUGACAUUGAAAAUAAAAUCAAAACUUGCUCCGAGUGCCAGGAAGCACGAAAUAUGCCUAGAAAAGCUCCUGUACAUGCAUGGGAAUGGUCUCGUGCACCCUGGACACGACUUCACGUGGACUUUGCAGGCCCCAUGAAUGGUAAAUCAUUUUUAAUUGUAAUUGAUUCAUUCUCUAAAUGGCUGGAAGUUCGUUUGGUUCCGAACACGUCAAGUGCAGCGACUAUCAAAGUCAUGAGGGAAAAUGGUACAGCUUUUACAUCCGAAGAAUUUCAACAAUUCCUCAAAACGAACCAGAUUCGUCAAGUUUUGGUCGCUCCCUACCAUCCAAGCAGUAAUGGACAAGCAGAACGUAUGGUGCAAAAUGUAAAAAAUGCACUCAAGAAGAUGGGGAACGAGAACGUCCAGUUAGCUUUGUCAAGAUACCUACUAACUCAGCACAUUACACCCCACAGCGUAACAGGUCGAUCUCCAGCAGAUGUCUUGAUGGGACGAAAGUUAGCGACGCUUUUAGACCCUAUGCAACCAGAUUUCACCAAAGAAAUGUCAGCCAAGCAAGAAGACAAAUACUCUUCUAAUGAAACCCCUCGAUCUUUCCAAGAGAAUGAUCCGGUGUUUGUAAGGUCUUACGCUCCCGGUCAAAGGUGGUUACCGUCACCGGUAAUAGAAUCAACGGGACCGCUCAGCUACAAGGUGAAAACUCCCGAUGGUAAAAUCACACGCAGACAUACCGAUCAAAUUCGUCCGCGUACACUCACCGAAGAGACCGUACCUGUCUCGGACGGUCAGAACUACGACGUUUCGCGAUUCGCGGAAUCCUCAGAGAUUCUUCCAAGGGUCGUUAUCCCUUCACCGUCUGCUGAUGGGCCCUCUUUAGAAGAGAACACGCCAGAGCAGGUUUCAGGGACUCCAGUUACUCCCCGGCCGGCCAGAACAAGGCGCCUUUUGGAGGAUUACACAACCUAGAGGAAAAUCCAGGAGGGAGGAGUGUGGUGCAUUUGGCCACACCCCGGGCCGACCAAAAAAGGAAGACUCGGCCGAUGUGUCCAAGAGGCAACAACGUUUUCACGCGCGGUACCG